ACAGACCCGGGAGCCGCGAGCCCCGGAGGAGGCGCGGGCGGCGCCGCCAUGGACUUCCAGAAGCUGGCAGAUGUCGCGGAGAAGUGGUGUUCCUGCACGCCCUUCGAGCUCAUCGCCGCCGAGGAGACCGAGCGCAGGAUGGACUUCUAUGCCGACCCGGGCGUAUCCUUCUACGUGCUGUGUCCCGACAACGGCUGCGGCGACAGUUUUCACGUGUGGAGCGAGAACGAGGACUGCCUGCCCUUCUUGCAGCUAGCACAGGAUUACAUCUCUUCCUGCGGCAAGAAGACGCUCCAUGAAGUCUUGGAAAAAGUCUUCAAGUCCUUCAGACCUCUGCUGGGGCUUCCAGAUGCAGAAGACGAUGCAUUUGAAGAGUACAAUGCAGAUGUGGAGGAAGAGGAGCCAGAGGCGGACCACCCGCAAAUGGGGGUCAGUCAGCAAUAAACUCCUAGGUCACCUUCUGGAAGGGGAGUAAGCCCUGUGCUGCCAAUGGGGUCCUGGGAUCCUGGGGUAGCCUUUUGUAUUAGAUCUUCAAAACAGGACAUCUGGCUCCUGACAUCCAAGUGAAAAUGAAAUACCUUUUAAAUGACCACACAAUAUCUGUGAUGCGCUUCACUCAGAAGUGAUCAGAAUUUCUGCCCCGCUUUGGCGGGGUUUCUAUGGAGAUGUCUCGGUAGCCUUUGCCACUUUGAAGUUAGAGUCCAUGUUGUGGCUGCCUGUUCCCUCUUGAGUUUAUGUUGGAGAAUUAACGUUUGCUGAUUGGAAUGUAGAGAACGCUGAAUGUACUAAGGAUGUUGUUUUGAGUCCUCACAGGUGACCUUGCUGAGGAAAAGCAUGACAGAGGAGAAAUGCAGCCUGUACUUUUUAUGUACCUUUUAAGUGUCCGUAAGUGAAAGGUUUUGCUUAGAAAGCAUGAGUUUUAAUAUCUAGUCGUGAACUGCACAAGGGCAAAGGCAGAGGGUAAGGGUGGCCGAGGCUCCUUGCAGAGGUCCGCCGUUGCUGAAUUGGUUACCUGGGUAUGUAGCAGCCAGCCGCUGGUUAGUGUAAAUGUUUCAUGGUUGUUCGAUCGUUUCCAAACAUGCUAAUUCCAAAGCCACUUUUAAAUUCUAAUAGUGGAAAGUAUAGAUGGGGUAAAAGAUAUAAAUUAUUGAUUCCUUGAAGCUGUUUAUAAACCUGCAUAUAAAAUGAAACCUUUACCGUCUCUCUUUACGAUGAGAUGGCAAAAGACAACCAGAAUCCGAGUAAGUGCCCCUUAAGCCUUGAAGCCAUAGAGUACAUCUAAUAGGAAAAUAAACCAGGAUAAAAAAAAAGUUAAUAUAAUGAAAUCCUUUACUUUCCUAAUCUUUUAUUCUUUCGAGAAUGUCAAGAGAAGGCUCCCACUGAGUUAAUUUAUUUAAAAUUAUAAUUAAAUACUCUAGGGAACCUACAUGCAGUGGAAUUUUAAAGUGACAUGAAAGUGAGAAUCUUAAUUAGGGAAUUGCUUGGUUAAAAAAGGAUGUUUUUAAUGAUCAGGACACACAAACAACUCCCAGAAGUAACUGCUGUCAUCAUUUAGCCAAUAAAUACUUACCAGGACAUUCUCUAAUGCCGUUGUGAGACCCUUCCGUGUCUUGGGUUCUCAUAACAGCCCCCUUUACAGCACUUGAUUCCUCCAUACAUCCAGUUUGGGAAUGUUUCUCUCUCUCUCUCUCUCUCUCUCUCUCUCUCUCUCUCUCUCACACACACACACACACACACACACACACACACACACAUAUAUGCUGGUUAUGUCAUCAGUAUUUUAAAUUAAAAUAAAACCAAACCCACAGUAGCAGAAGCUUAUGUAUAUGGCAGACAUGUCGUCUGGGCAUUUUCUGUUUAGCCCAGUGGUACCGUGAAGGGUCCCCCUGCUCCUUGGUGCACUGCAGAGUUCAGUUGCUGGGUGACGUCACAUCGUGGUUUCCAUCUGUGCUUUUGUACCUGUACCUGUGUUCUCGUCUUCUGGAGGAAACUUAUUAAUGGUUAGUUUCAAGCCGAGUGACUUCCCUUGAAGUAGCCCAUUAGCGAAGUCAGACAGUGCUCCUUCCAGGGUGUGAGGUCCAGUCCUGCCCAUGCUCUCCCCGCGCCCCCACCCACACUGGUCUGCUCACAGCCAGAAGACUUGAGCUCUCUAUCUCGUAGAUACGGUCCAGGGCAGGUAACUUCCAUUUAAACAUGAUAGGCCACACAAAUAAAUGACUUUUGUAGGUCAAAUGAAGAUACCUAAUCAGUUUGCUCCAUUAUGAGGUAACCUGGAAUUUUAUACACAGAGGCUUCAAAUCUAAAUUUACAUGCGUUUGAACAUUAAUAUAAGAUGGAUUUUUUAAUCAAAAACGUAUUUAAACUUUGACCAAAUGUACUUGGUACUAUCAUAUUAGUGUUCUCUAUUUGUACAAGUUGAGCUAAGACCCCUCAUGGUGCAGUGGGCUGCUGAACAGUGGUCAGGAAGAGAGAACAUCCCUGGAUGUGGCUGAUGUCCACGACAAAACCCCCAGACAUACAUCAGCAAAUUCACUAUCCUUGCCAACCUCCUUCUCUCUGUUGUUGUGUGUGUAUCCCUUCCGGUGCAUACCUGUGUGCGCAAGCAUGCACAUACCCACUCCUGCCCAGGCCGUCGACGCUCACAUCCCAGUUAGGGCUGAAGGCAAACAGCCUGUGGUUAGUUCUGGAAACAGCUCCACAGUGAGACAAGUAUGACCCUUCCCAAGACGACAGAGACAUUCCAGUGGCGGCCAUGGUGUGAGAGAAGGGUCUUUGGGAGUUAGGAGAGACACUUGCUUCUAGUUUGGACUCAUCCCUUGACUGCACGACAUUGAUACGUCAUGUAACUUUCCUACAGAGCAGGGGACUUUGCUCUUCUAGCUUAAAACGCUGUCCUGAUGCGGCUGCUGUAGGAAGUAUGUGAGCAGAAGACCAACAGCCGAGGACAGUCAGGGCCAUGGGAAGAAAAUCAUUUGGGAUUUUGCCAAAGAUGGUGUCCUUAAGAUGUUGGCCAUGCUACUACCUUAGAAUAUGGUGGCAGUGGGUGUCCAGAUCCCUGGAGCUUGCUUGGCAUGGGCUCCAUCCCAGGCAACUGGUGAAAUUCUGUUGCUUUGAGAAGUGGGUAACCAGAGGGCCCUGUAGGUGGUUUGCCUCCGCUGAGCCUGCUCUGCGGGUGGUGGGUAAAACUGCUCUUUGCCCACCCCCACCCCCCACCCACUGAAGGCUUUGGAGGUGGUUGGCAGUUAACCCCAGAGGGGAAACUGCCACAGAGAAGAGCUGGAAAUGAGUGCGCACUUUGCUUAUCUUGUCUCUCUGGAAAGAGAAAGCGACCGUGGAAACCUCGGUAGGUAGAGGGCGGAGACAGAGUGGAAAUGAACGUAUGGGGGAAGGAAUGAUGGCUUGCUGAGCUGUGCCAUGACCAGCUGGGAAGUCUGAAUUAUGCCGUGACAACAUUACAAAGCCUGACCCUAGCGCUGACUGACCCAGGGUGACAUUUUUCUCCUGUCUGCCUGGUUACUUUACCCUGCCUGGUUGACAACACUGAGCAGGAUUCAGGGAUCCAAGGACAGAGCCAGGGAGGGUCGCGAAGCCCCAUGCCGUGCCUGGCACCACUCGGGUUCCGGCACGCGGAAUUUGCGACUCCUGGGCCCCACUGCAGCAUGUAGUACAUUUUGUGUUUCCGUGACCAGAGCACAAAACGUGCUCCAUGAUGAGACUGUCCUUGCACGCUGGCACCAGAACUGGUUUUGCAGUGUGCUUAAGUAAAACUGGAGCCCACUGGGCGUGACACCAUUGCUCAGUACAGACAGAAACUGUUCUCUAGCACAAUGCAUGUCUCUGAAUAUUGUUUCAGUUUCUCAGAGCACAAAGAGUGUGUCCAGGGUGUUGUGAUCCCAGAGCGGAAUUUUUAGUUAUUGCAUGUUAAAACUCACCAGUGGGGAAACAGUUUAAUCAAAUAGUGAGAGGAAUGUAGGAAUGGACGGGGACUUAAUGUGGGUUGGGAGGAGAUGAACAGGGACCUUAAGAGAGUUAGGUCUUAGUCCAUCUGGAUUGUAAACAAAGCACAUAGCCCACGCUUACCUCCCGGGGUAGAGGACAACUUGUUUUCUGGGCUGUCUCUCAAGAACUGCUUUUCUCCGAGACCGGAUGUUUAGAGGGUGCUAGUGAUGACUUUGUGACUUUCACAAUGCCCCCUGCCCAGCCAAGGUCACAGCAGGUGUCCUGCACACCUGGUAGACUUCCUUCCCUUAAAAAUAAAAUCAGCCGCUAGCCAGGGAAGCACGCCUUCAAGAGUCCGGGCUCCAGAGCGGCUGUGGCAGCAGCUGGCAGAUCACAAGCCAUACCUGCCCUCUCCUGCACUGGUGCUUAGGAUGUCAGCGAAACUCCAGAGGAGGCUCUUGUCCCUCGAAUAAGCCUUGAGGGAGAUGGCAUGCAUGGCUUGUUGCAUCAUCUCCAAAUGUGCAUACAAACGUUUUUUGCAUUAGAAACUCCUCUUGCAUCCGAACUCAGUGAGUUUCCUUGGUUUAACGGUAACUAGUAUGACUUGAGAAGCCGAGAUCGUUUAGGUUUCAUAUAGAGUAGGUGUAAAACUUGCCAGAACACUGGCAGCCCGUGAUCUGUGGCAACAGCCGUGAGCAUUUCAUGUUAGAAACCCCAUUCCCCACACUGCAACACUGAAUAGUUCCAAGCAGCUUCAAGAGUGUACCAAACUACAUAGGAAUCAGCAUUCAGUUUGCUUUGGACUGUGUUCAGGUUGUUCGGUAUUAGGGAGAAAGCUGGCAGUGUGCUCUUCCUAAACCUUUCCCUGGGCUUUUCCUUUCGUUUUGGGGUCUUGAUUCUGUUUUAGCAGGUAUCUUCUGAACUGGCCAAACCAAUGCUCUAUACAAAGGCCAGCUUUCUAAAAGGCACUAAAACAUUCAGUGCUGGGCAAGUCCAAGCCUAGCUACAAUCCAGUGCUACUUUGUACAAGCAAGAUGUCAGCCAUCUCCAGAGAAGCAAAUCAAAAGAAACAAAAGCAAUGGGCUUUGUUGUUUGCUUUUGGGUUUUCGGGCCGAGAGUUUUUCCUGUGACAUGUGUGUGCUUUCUUUGAGUUCAUAUUUCCUUUCAGAGAGCUCUCUUGUAAAUGACAAACUGUGAAAUGGAUUGCCAAAAACUGUGUCCUUUCUUAGAUGCUUCAGACAGAACUGUGUAAAUUUUCCCUGCACCCUGUCCCAUCUGCUCCUCUCCCUCCCUCCCGUGAGAGCAAGAACCACAUCCAAGGAUGUAAUUACCAUAAGCUUGCUAUUAAAGAGCCUUUCAGCCCUGGUG